UCCGCGAUCUGAGCUGCGCGGGAAUAAGUGACAAGACUCUUCGAGUGGCUUUUUUUUUUAUUUAGACUAGAUGUAGAUCUAUAUUCUUGUAGUCUUCUGAUGUUGUCGCACAACAUAAAGGUUUUAUGGAGUGUUUUAAUUCACAGGAUAUGCUUGUCGCAAAGUAAAGCAUUUUUUAUUUCUGAUGUAUAGAUGCCAAUACCAUGUCUACCUAGGAAACAUGGCCAAGCGCGCAAUAAAGCGUUAGAGUUGCCUAUGAUAAAGAGAUUGUCAGCAGCGUCCACCUUGCUCAAGACUCUCCUCAGCAUGUUUGUGGCUCCAUCUGCUGUUUAUUUUACAACGUGUCCUGAUGUACCCAACCUUGAAUGUUUAACAAGUGAUGCGGAGCUUGAAGAACUUUCCAAGAAAAUUUUGAUCAAUUCAGAGGGACUAAGACUUCAGGUAGUAGAGAAAGAUGGGCAUUACUUUACACUAAAUAAUACGCGUCUUCAAGUGUGUCAAUGGCUAGAAACAAGAGGUCAAUGUAAUACAGUUCGCAUAGAAACUGUUCCACUCAAAUCUGUCCCAGAUGGAAUAAAAAGGAUGAUGGUGGUGCCUCCACCAGUUGUUUAUCCCCAAGUCUCUGAAAAGGUGAUGUCUAUAACAUAUGAACCCAUGGAGCGAAGACCACGAACUGCUGCUGAGUAUAAUGAUGACUGUACCGGAAGUGAUUUUGAUGGCGAAGAGUCAAGUAGUUCUGGUGAUGAAUUUGAUGAAAGAGAUCAACAAAGUAGGAGAAGACGACAGUCCGAGGAGUCAGGGGAAGAAGAGGAUACGAGUUUAUUAGCACCUUUAGUUUCUUCUUUCCGCCUUUAUGCCCAGCGCCCCCUUACCGCCCCAUUUUGUGCCCAGCGAUAUCGCCCCCGUUGAAGACCACUGCUGUAU